AUGGCCCGAACUAAGCAAGCCACGCCCUUGCGCCGAGAGGCAUCGGACGAGUACUUUUCGCGACGCGACAGCUCGAACGGCGGCGUGGUCAUCUCCACACCGGUGGAGAAGACCAAAGCGGAGCCGGAGAAGCGUGAGGCUGGCGUGUUGGAGCUGGCCAUUGCCGUGGGUGGCAUCUAUGCUAGCUUCUUGACGUGGGCCUACCUCCAAGAAAAGCUCACGACGACGCCGUACGGCGCGCACGACAAGCCCGAAGUUUUCCAGUUCCCCGUCUUCCUCAACACGAUCCAGUCCGCCUUUGCCGCGACGACGGGCCUAGUGUACCUGAUUGGCAGCACCCCGCGCGGCAAGGCGGUACCGCCGGCGAUACCCAACGCGCGGAUCCUGGUCCCGCUGGCGCUGGUGGCGCUCACGAGCUCGCUGGCGUCGCCGUUUGGGUACGCGUCGCUCUCGCACAUCGACUACAUUACGUUUCUGCUGGCCAAGAGCUGCAAGCUGCUGCCCGUCAUGUUUUUGCACAUCACCGUGUUCCGGAAGCGGUACCCGCUGUACAAGUAUCUGGUGGUGGCGGCGGUGACGGCGGGCGUCGCCGUCUUCACGCUGCACUCGGGCAAGAAGAAGAAGGCGUCGAGCUAUGUUGAUGAGGAUCGCAACGUCGCGUGGGGCCUCCUCCUGCUGGGCAUCAACCUGCUCUUCGACGGCCUGACCAACUCGACCCAGGACUACAUCUUCACCGCCUUCCAGCCCUACACGGGCCCCCAGAUGAUGGUGGCCAACAACGUCAUGAGCACCCUCGUGACGGGGACGUACCUCGUCCUCAGCCCCUGGCUCGUUCAUACCGGCAUCGGCGAGUACCUCGGCAUGGAGGUUGCCGGCAACGCGGGCGAGCUCAAGUCUGCGCUGGCGUUUAUGGCGAGGUAUCCGAGCGUGUGGAAGGAUGUUUUGGGGUUUGCUGCGUGCGGCGCCAUCGGCCAGGUUUUUAUCUUCUACACCCUCGCAACCUUCUCCUCGGUCCUCCUCGUCACCGUCACCGUCACACGCAAAAUGUUCACCAUGAUCCUCUCCGUCAUCGCCUUUGGCCACCGCCUCACGGGGAUGCAGUGGCUCGGCGUCGGCCUCGUGUUUGGCGGCAUCGGCGCCGAGGCCACGAUUGCGCGGCGGGAAAAGCUGGCCAAGGAGGCCGCCAAGAAGGCGAAGAAGGCGUAG